AUGGCUUUUAUGAGGGAACAUGAGGAAUUAACGAGAAAAAUUAGCGCAACAGUAAAAGAACGAAUUGAUACCGAAGGUUUAAGCGUUAAACAAAUUGUUGAAUCAACAUGUGUAACACUGCGUUUAACAGAUAAUCAAAAGCAAGCAAUUCCGCUUGCUAAAAAGUGGAGUCUUAAAAGAUUGUAUGAUAAUGAACCGAUAAUUAGAACUUUAUUAAGGAAAUUUAUGGCACUUCUAUUACUACCAAUUGAUAAAGUUCCUGAUGCAUAUCAAAUUUUUUUAAUUCAACAGUGUGAAAAAUUUCCAGAAUUACAACCAUUCAUCAGUUAUUUUUAUAACGAAUGGAUGAUUUUGUUUAAACCAUUAAUAUGGUGUGUUGGAGAUGAUGAACAUCGAACUAAUAAUCAACUACAAGGUUAUAGUCAUCGUCUAAUUAGGCGUACAAAUGCAACACACCCAAACAUUUGGAAUUUCUUAAUGCUGCUACAAAGAGAAGAUUUUAUUGUCUCACAUUUAUUUGCUAAAUUAAAUUCGCCAUCCACCUGUCAUGCUGCUGAUACAGAUCUAAACCAUCAAUUAAUACCAUCAAGAUUUAAAUCAAAAUACAAAACAGCCCAAAUCAAAAAAUUACAUCAGUGUCUACGUGAUUCAACAAAAUCAUUACCAGAAGUUUUACGUCUACUAUCUUUUUUAGUUGCUGGUACCUCAAAAGCAAAGAAAAAAUGUACAAAACUUGCACAACGACAAUUGAGAGUAGCACGACGUACUACUCAACCGCAACCUGAUGAUAAUGAUAUUGAUAAUGAUGAUCAGACUGCUACUACUUCUCGUGCUCGUUGUACACGUCAAAAACCACAAACACGUACAAGAUCACAAUCUCGAACAAAAACAAAUGCUACAUCAAAACCCAAACCUUGUGCAGUUCAACGCAGUCAAUCAACCAAAUGA